GCUUGCUUGUUACUGUUGAUAUAGAAUCAAGUCAUAUGGGAGGGGUUAGUAAGGGCUAAAACACCUGGGGAAAAACAGAAGAGAUUUUUAUUCUACAUGCGCGGGUUGUUUUUGUUCGGGUAUCCUGUGUUGGUAGGUGGGCUCCCUGUGGCUAAAAUCUUUCACCAAUAAACUGAUGCAACUCUAGUGCAAGUUCACAUCGCUCUUUAUCGAAUGACAUUGAAUCAAUGCGCUAGGGUGUGAUGAAAUAUUGUCUUGCUGGAUGAAAUCUGCCCUCCAUCAAAAGGUCUGUUGUCAAAGCUACCAUCGCUUUUGUCACAAGACUUGCAAGAAAACAGACAUGACCGACAUCUUGUCGUGAUAUCGAGGAAACAGCAGCUCCUGGUACAAAAAGGUGUGUCCUACCAAAUGGGCCUCAAAAUGGCUGACUCGCAUGUCCAAAAGAUCCGAGAUCUUCUAUCGUCAAAGGCCCCCCUAAUCACCUUUGGUACCUAUAACUAUAAGCACCAUGAGAUUCUAGAAGAUUCCGUCAGCCAAGCCAUGUACUUGUUUGCUCACAAUGGGCUGACACAAGUGAUAGAUUCAGCCAUGAAAUAUCACAACUUGCCAAGCAUUUUAAAAAUCCUGGAGCAACAUCCUAAUGCUAUGGUGGGAUGGAAGGUGGAGCACACGGCCAGAGCAAAAGUCAAAAAGUCUCAUGGUGGUGCCCAGCCCAGUCAAGGAGUGAGUUUUGAUAAUGCAGUGCCUGGCAAUAACAUGCAAGACGGCCUAGCCAUUCUCAAGUCUCGAGUCCCACAGUCGAAGGUCUUCCGUAUCCUGAUGCAUAACUACUGUGGAAAGAAGUCUUACCUUGGAUUCCAGCAACUGGUUGAGAAGGAGUUUGGUCUAGCAAUGCCCAUUGGAAUCUGUAAUAUCUCCGCGGAGCAGCUUGAAGACUUGAUGAUUCCAGAAUCGUCUGAGGAUGGCCAGGAAAAUGAUACCAUUGCCCAGGCUCGAGUGGACUGGGUCCAGAAUGAGUACCAUCCAUUCCUGGAAACAACUGUUCCAGAGGUUUGUUCUAAGUAUGGCAUCAGGUUUGAGUCGCAUUCAGUGUUGACUAAUCUCGAGGGAUACUCUGAGUGUUUCUCAAAGCUUGGUGUAAACCAAGGGGUGACGGUGCCAAAAGUAGCAGGCCUUGCCCUGAAGUACGCAGAAAAGAAAGGCGAUGUAUGCUUUGCUACCACCAAUUUUUCUCACUUGCGUCAAAAUCUAGAAGCAUUGACCUCUACUAAAGUAAAUGGCGAAGAUGCAGCACUGUUUUCUGCAAUGGAAGAGUUCCAUACACUGAAGCGGAUAGCAAGGUAUAAAGGCUCGGAAACUGGGAUAAAUGCCGACUGGAUUAAAGCUUGCAAGCUGGAUCAGAUUAGGAAUGAGAUAUUACCAAGGUUGAAAAAAGACAUUGCUGCUUUUGAGGCUGGUCGACUUCCAUCUAAUCUUUGUAUCACAAUCCCCAAAUCCUAUCGCCCAGGAGGAAAGGUACAUGCGAUCAUUGCAGAGAUGUUGUAUGGCCAAGACUUAGAGGAUCAGAUGAAUGAAUUGAAGUCGAAACUUGAGAGAAAACAGGGGAAAGUGGAAGGUGGUCAGCUCUCAAAGGUAACCGAUGAAGAUGUCAAAACACGUCUUGUGGCCAAAUGGAACUGUACACUUGACGUCACACUUACUAAGAUGCGCAGAACCAUCAACAAGGCAGUCACAGAGAAACGUAUCAAAUCCAAGAAGGCAGCGCAGCCAAUCAAAGCAGUGGAGAACCCAGAAGCUCUGCCGAUGGAUGAAUACCCGGAAGCAGAGGAAUUCGAAGACUUCAUCGAGUUCUUGAAAUGUGGUGGAACUGUUGAUCAGGAAACUAGCAAAGGGAAUAAUGUUAACGGUUUGCCUGCAAACAUACGCUUCAAGCACGGAACCAUCAAUAGCGAUGGUAGGCUGGAUAUGUGCAAGCAAGGAUUCAGGAAUGCGUUUGUCGAUACUUGUGAUGCUGUCAUCAAAGAUGGUCAGACCCUUCCUGUGAAUGUUCGCUUCAAGUACGGCACCCUUAAUAGCGAUGGCCGGCUCGAUAUGUGCAAGCAAGGAUUCAGGAAUGCUUUUAUCAAGACGUGUGGUGCCGUAGUGCAAGACGCCGAUCAGGGGACGAAGACGCCCUUGAUAAAGCACUACUUGAUCGGCAAUAACCGCAUCGCCGAGAAUGGGGACACGCCAGGGGAGGGGGGCAGGCGAGUGGCCGCGUUAGCCCGGAUGAUCAUGCAUCGCCCAGACAUCGAGACGUGGUUCCUUGCUGGUAACUCCAUGGGCCCUGAUCACAUCUCUCUUAUCGCCGACGCCUUGAAGCAGACAAAGGCGAAGUACGUGUGGCUGAAAAUGAACCCAGUCAAGACGGGAGCUUACCAUCUUGGGAAGAUGCUGGUGUUGGCCCCGAGUGUUGAGCUACUGGACUUGUUUAACACUGGCUUGUGCAACGAUGGACUCAAGGCAUUUGCAAAAGGACUCUCCGACGGAGCAGCGGUGGGUCCCUCGUCCGCAUCUAAUCUCCGUCACCUGUACCUCUCCAUCAACGCCAUCAGCUCAGUGCAGGUAUUUGAGAGCAUGCUAUCAUUUUUACCGCAGCUCGAGUCCCUAUUUAUGGGGGUCAACCCUAUUGGCGAUGAGGGCCUAGAGAGAUUAGCCGAUGUGCUCACCAACAAGGCACCGUGCCGCUCCACGUUGAAGCGACUUAAUAUCGACGCGCUAGCACUAACGGACAAGUCGUUACCUUUGAUAGAAGACAUCGUCAAAGCUUGUCCAAGUCUGGUGGCUCUGGAUCUUGGUUCCUACAAGUCUACUAACUAUUUCAACCAGAAGCACAAUCGGUUCGACGUAGAAAAUGAAUCAACCAUUGGGCACCUGGAAAAAAUUGCACGCGCGCUUGUUCGUAACGCCGAGAUGUCCAAGGAUGGUCGGGAGGAAAAAGAUCUCCCUAUGCAUUAUCUUGGGCUCCAACAUUCGCUAGUAGUUGGCAUAAACCCGGACGAUCGGACACUCAGUCUGUCCGAAGCUGCCAAAAUUAUUAAUGACGUCACGAAGAACCGGUUGCACUACGGGACUGGUAUAAACCUAAACGGGAUAACUAACCUCUACACCCCUCGCAACGGGACUCCAUAUUGCCACACAGGGGAAUGGGAAGCACAGAGAUAUCAGGGGGGUGCUGACGGUCCGUCGUGCUGCCUCAGAAGGGAGGGAUCAGUAAAAUCUGGUUGUACCGAGGUCGUCUAUCCAUCGAACCGGGCCGCCUGUGGGGGAUUGUUCUACGCUGAGGGAGUGACGAAUGACGACUUGCGAAAAAACGCGAGGCACCCCUGGCCAGCGGUUGACCACAUCAAGUCGAUCUACAGAAACACUAUGAAGAAAUGACAAACGGUCGAGGGACAGGAGAUGUAAGGAAGAGCGAGGACUGGGAAAAGACCGAACUUUCGGUUUGAAUGACGUCACUAUCUUAAAGCUUCUCCCAAGCAUAAUGGUGACUGAUGUACCGCGCUCGUCAGGAAAAAAAAAAACAUCUUGUUCCCCUUUUUAGUUAUUGGUAGAAAAAGAUUGGAAUGUAUGUUUUUUUUCAAUAUAAUAUAAUUAGAUAUAUGAAGCUAGAUCAAACGCCGAUCUUUUCAAGUGCCGUUACAAAUGCUUGAUAUCGAGUGUGGCAUGCAUUAGCAUUUUGGUGCAACACACGAAAAAAACAGCGUUUAGACGCUGCUUUUUUGACCACCGGAAAUUAUAUAGGUAGGUGUAGGUGAUUUAUAAACUUUAUUUUUUUUUUCUUACAGUGUGACGCACCUGUAAUUUUACAAAUAAUAUUUCAAACAAUUACAUUUUGAAAACCUCUCUAAAUAAAGUAUAUAAUUGGUUCAACAA